CAGGGCAACACGCGCGUUUUCAAGUGAACUUCAAGUGAAUAGCAUGAAAAACCCAUAUCAGAACAAUAUAUAUUUUAGAAAAAAACAAUUUCAUUUAAAUUAAGACAAAAGCCUCAACAAAAUGUUUAGAUCGGGUAUAUUAAGCAAAGAUUUUCGGCGACAGCUGCUGGUGACAUUGAGUGCAAUACUUAUCACACUUUGCCAUGGCAUUGGAUUGGGUUGGCUGUCUCCGAUGCUGCCGCAGCUGCAGUCCUCAAUGGAGACGCCUGUCGACUUUGUGAUUGAUGUGCAUGAGUCCUCAUGGCUAGGGGCCAUGCUCAGUUUGGGUGCUUUAACUGGCAAUUUUCUCUUCUCCUACAUCAUGAACCGUUUUGGACGUAAAGUGGCGCUCUAUGGCCUCGCCUUGCCGAACACGUGUAUUUGGUUUUUGUUUUACUUCGCGGAAUCCAUUGAAAUGCUUUACGUGGCCAGAAUUUGUGCCGGACUAACGGGCGGCGGCAUGUCCUUGGUGUUGCCCAUUUUCAUUGGCGAAAUAGCCGACAGGAGCAUACGUGGUCGACUAUGCUCCUUCUUCAACCUGGCUAUAAAUUUUGGUAUAUUGCUGGGCUUCAUUAUUUCAUCGCAUGUGCCUUACCAUGUGAUUCCUUGUGCCGUAGUGGCUCUUCCCCUUAGUUAUCUCUUUCUAACCACACGAUUUCCGGAAACACCACAACAGCUUGUCAAAUGGGGCAGGGAGGAGGACGCAAAGCGCUCUUUGAAAUAUUACUGCAAUUGCGAUGGUCCGUCACCUAGCAGGAAGUCCAUUCAGGCUUAUCAAAGGCAAUUCGAAGAAAUGAGAGAGAGCCUUCAGCAGCAAGUCAAGAACAACUGCAAUGUGGAUCUAAGCAUGGCUGAUUUCUGCAACAAGCGCGCCUUGAAGGCCAUCAUCACUGGAAUAAUGUUAAUGCUGUGCUACAUAUUUACUGGGACGUUCUCCUUCAUCAACUACAUGUCAAGCAUCUUCGAGAGAGUUCACACGCAGCUGGAUCCCAAUACUAAUACGAUUAUCAUUGGGGCUGUGCAGAUUGUGGGCACGCUGGCAUCCAUCUAUUUAGUGGAUCGUUAUGGACGCAAGAUACUUCUAAUUAUUUCGUGUGUGGGAAGUGCACUGGGCACCGGAGCAUUUGGCCUUUAUGCUUUUUAUGGGGAGGAAACGGACACGGAUUUAAGCGUACUCUCUGCCUGGUUGCCUGUGACAAUAAUGGGCUUUAUCAUAUUCUUGGCCAAUGUUGGCAUAAUAUCUGUUGCUAUGGUCGUGUUGGUUGAGGUCCUUCCACAGAGGAUUCGGGCUUUUGCUACAAGCUUGUGCUUGGCUUGCCUUAGCUGCUUUUCGUUUAUAGCGCUUAAGUGUUUCCCUCUAAUGAUGGAGUACCUGGGACUGGCAGCCACUAUGUGGGGCUGUUCAGCGGUUAGCACGUUCUGCCUUUUCUAUAUGGUAGUCUUCCUUGAGGAGACAAAAGGCAAAUCUAUGUACUAUUAAUAAGGGAUAUAUAUAAUUAAAUAUUACUUGUAACAAAACACGAAAUAAGUAAGAA